UGACGGAACGGCGCGCGCGCAACAUGGCGCGUAUUGUCGCGCUUCUUUUAUUGUAUAUAAGCGUCGCGUGCGCAGAAAUAUUGACACCCCCAUACUUUAACUUGGCGCUCGGUAAGAAGAUAACUGCAACCGCAACAUGUGGUGAUGAAGGGCCUGAAUUGUACUGCAAAUUAGUUGGCGCUAAUGCUGAUCACGAUGAACGUGUCAUCCAAGGACAGGUCUGCGAUUUUUGUGAUAGUACAAACGAAGCAAAGAAGCAUCCGCCAGAAUUUGCCGUAGAUGGAAUGGAAACGUGGUGGCAGAGCCCGCCUUUGUCCAGGGGCAUGAAGUACAAUGAAAUCAACUUAACCAUCGAUCUUGGACAGGAAUUUCAUGUAGCUUAUGUCUUCGUCCGUAUGGGUAACUCUCCUCGCCCUGGUGUAUGGUCACUGGAGAAAUCUACUGAUUACGGGAAAACAUACAAACCUUGGCAACACUUUUCCGACUCUCCACAAGACUGUGAAAGAUAUUUUGGAAAAGAGAGUCUACAACCUAUUUCAAGAGACGAUUCUGUUAUAUGCAGUAUCGAAUACUCUAAAAUAGUACCAUUAGAGGGUGGAGAAAUACCUAUAUCACUGUUAAAUUACCGUCCCUCGGCCAACAAAUAUUUUAAUUCGUCGGUGCUUCAAGAAUGGACAAGGGCAACUAAUGUCAGGUUACGCUUAAUAAGAACUAAAAACUUACUAGGACAUCUCAUGUCGGUGGCUAGACAGGAUCCCACAGUCACUAGGAGGUAUUACUACAGUAUUAAAGACAUCAGUAUCGGAGGUCGGUGCAUGUGUAAUGGUCACGCUGACACGUGUGAUCCAGCGGAUCCUGAAAGUGACACUAGCAUUCUGGUCUGUCGCUGUCAACAUAACACUUGUGGCACUCAGUGCGCAGCUUGUUGUCCUGGAUUCGAACAAAAGAAGUGGAGAAUAUCUCAAAACUGGGAUAGAUUCGAAUGUGAACCCUGCAACUGUCACAACCACGCUACGGAGUGUAAUUACGAUGCAGAUGUUGACGCUAAAAGGCUCUCUCUCGAUAUUCAUGGCAAUUACGAGGGUGGAGGUGUUUGUAAAAACUGUCAACAUAAUACCGAGGGUAUAAACUGUAAUAAAUGUCAAGCUACGUACUAUAGACCGUACGGAAAACGCUGGGAUGAACUAGACGUAUGCCAACCCUGCAAUUGCGAUCUGCACUACUCGACGGGUAAUUGCGAAGAAGAGACUGGUCGUUGUGAAUGUCGCGUAGAGUUCAAUCCACCUAACUGUGACUCAUGUGCAUAUGGCUAUUUCGACUACCCCAACUGUAAACCAUGCACUUGCAAUCUAAACGGCACAGAGGGACAACACUGCACCCCAACCGAUGGAAUGUGUCCCUGUAAAUAUAACUACGCCGGUAAAUCAUGCGAAAUUUGUGCAGAUGGAUAUUAUUCACCAGAAUGUAAAAACUGCGAAUGUAACUCUGUCGGUUCGGUUUCCCAAGUGUGCGAUAAAACCAGCGGUAACUGUACGUGUAAAAGCAAGUACAGCGGUCGAACUUGUAAUCAAUGCGAAGCCGGGUACUACAAUUACCCUACCUGUAAACAUUGUAAUUGCGACACCAGUGGAACUCAACCCAACAUCUGUGAUGACGUCACGGGUCAAUGUAUUUGCAAAUCAGGCUUUGGAGGUCCUCGAUGUGAUCAAUGUAUUUCCGGAUACUACAUGGAAGUCCGAGGCCGGGAGAGAUCGUGUGUUCCCUGCUCCUGUUCCCCAACGGGUUCAACAUCAACCAGCUGCUCUGCUGAUGGAAAAUGCAAUUGUCUCGUUAACUUCGGCGGCAAGCAGUGUGACCAAUGCUCACCUGGAUACUACAAAUACCCCGAAUGCUUACCUUGUAAUUGCGACGAAUCUGGUACCAUCGGUUCGACGUGCGACGAUAAUGGUCAAUGUAACUGCAAGCCUAACUUCGACGGGAUCAAGUGCGAUAAAUGUAGGGAACAGUUCUACAACUAUCCAGCAUGUGAGGAAUGCAACUGCGAUCCAAGGGGUGUCAUUGCUUCUUUUGCUGGCUGUGGAUCCGUACCUGCUGGUGAACUCUGCCAAUGUAAGGCUCGUGUCCAAGGAAGAAUUUGUAACGACUGUAAACCAUUGUUCUGGAAUCUCCAAGAUUACAAUCCACAAGGAUGUCAAGAAUGUAACUGCGACCUCUCCGGAACCCUCGGUGGUCUCGGCGCUUGUAACACUCGCGAUGGUCAGUGUAUGUGUAAAAUGCACGUCGGCGAGAAACAAUGCAACCAAUGCCAGGAUGGCUUCUACAAGUUGGAGACGUACAAUCAGUUUGGAUGCACAGCCUGCGACUGCGACAUCGGCGGUUCUAUUGACAACAACUGUGACAAAAUCACCGGACAGUGCCGCUGCCACUCACGCGUGGAAGGCCGCCGCUGCGACAGACCCAUUCGCGCGCACUACUUUCCAACACUGCACCAAUUUCAAUACGAAAUAGAGGAAGGUCUGACGCAGUCCGGCCCUGUCAGAUACAGGAACUCGGAAGAAGUCUUUCCGGGAUAUUCGUGGAAAGGAUAUGUCGUGUUCUCGCUACUGCAGAAUGAAGUAAUUAACGUGGUUCAUAUUGGCAAAUCUUCCUUGUACCGUAUGGUAUUAAAAUACGCAAAUCCUCUUCGUGAUCCAGUUAGUGCAACCAUUGUCAUAACACCGGAAAGCGUAAUUGAAACACAACAAAGUUUCAAUGUAUAUUUGAGGCCGACAAUUCUACCACAACUCCUGACAGUUGUAGUGGAUAAAGGGAACGCACCUGCACCGUUCGUCAUGAAUGCCGGAAAUUGGACAGUUACCAUCAAAACAACCAAAGAAAUUAUGAUAGAUUACUUUGUUCUCAUACCAGAAGCUUAUUAUGAGGCUACAGUAUUAACGAAACUGGUAGAUAAACCGUGUCUUAUUGGUGAUAAUAAACUCUGCAGGCACUUUGCAUAUCCCAGUGUAGAAGGAAGACCCAUCUCGAACGUGUCUCAAUUGGUAACAGCGGUUACCGAGUUUGUUAACGACCCUGAGCAAUUGAGAGAAUACAAUGUAGGACCACAAGAUAUACCAAUAAUUAAUCAAAGCGAACAGAACGAACUGCAAUUCAAUAUGAAAAUAGAUCCCAACGGACCUUACGUACUCGUGAUCGAAUACGUCACACCAAUUAAUAUAACUGGUUUGCAAAUUAGUGCAACCAGCUCCAAUCCUUCCAGUGGGAUGUAUAACUUAUCAUCGAAGGGAAUAAUUAUUAUAAGAUUUCAAUCCGGAGACGAUUCUGAAUCAUUCGCUUUAGCUAAUCUUAACGACUGUCCAUACACGUCGCCCUGCAGACAAGUAGUUAUUGACGACUUGUCGAGGAUCAAUUCUUUCCACGUUCAAGAUCCUAACAAUGUUAUAUACAUAGAUGGCGACACGAACACACUCGCUGGUAUCAAAUCAAUUAUUGCGAUACCUGAAUCUGAAUGGCACUUGGAUUAUAUAACACCUCGGCCCUACUGCUUAAGGAAGAAUGGUCGAUGUAUUCCUGCCGUUUUUUCAACUGCUGUGGAUUCUAAAAAGGUCGAAAUAGAGUCUGGUACUGGAGGAAAUCGUGAUAUAAGACCACCGAUCCUUGACAACUCCACAAUAGUAGUGUAUCUGGCCUCAGAUUUUGAACCGAUCAAAAUAGAAUCUAAAGUUCCUUCCCCUGGAGACUACAUGUUCGUCUUACACUACUACCAACCAAACCAUCCGGAAAGCAGUAUUCGUGUUAACCUGACAGCUGACGGUCAGCUUUAUGAGACUAUAAUACCAAUCAAACAUUGCCCUUCAAAUUCUGGAUGCAGAGCGUUAUUGACACAGGGGGAUGGAAAUACACAAUUUGCUGUGAAUGAAAACGUUACGAUCGCUUUCAAGGGUGAUAAAAGUAAAGGACUCUGGCUGGACUAUGUUCUGAUUAUAGCUAAACCAGACUUUGUUGAAUCGGCUCUAUCAGAAGUGAAUAGAGUUGAUUACACUCGUGAAUUUAUAGAUAAAUGUGCUGUCAAUCAUUACUACAUAAGUGCUAAUGAGACCGGCUUCUGUCGCGAUGCUAUGUUUUCUAUCACUUCUGAAUAUAAUAGUGGUGCCUUGAGCUGUUUCUGUGACUUCAUGGGAUCUACAGAGCUUGAAUGCAAUACAUUCGGAGGACAAUGUCCAUGCAAAGAAAACGUUAUUGGUAGAACAUGUACCUCUUGCAGAACAGGAUACUAUGGUUUUCCUAAUUGUAGGCCGUGUCAUUGUCCAGCAACUGCAAUUUGUGACGAAAAUGGCGAAUGUAUCUGCCCUAAGAACGUCGAAGGUGAAAAUUGUGAUCGUUGCAAACCUUACACUUUUAACUUUGACGUGCAACGUGGAUGUGAUGACUGCAACUGUAAUCCGUUAGGAGUAAUCAACAACCAGUUACAAUGUGAAGCUGACAGCGGAAAUUGUCUAUGUAAAGAUAACGUUAUCGGACGUAUUUGCGACCACUGCGUCCCCGGACAUUACGCUUUCCCUGAUUGUCUUCAAUGUACGUGCGAUCUCGAUGGUACUACAGAUGAUGUUUGCGACCAAAACACUGCUCAAUGUUACUGUAAGAAAAACGUCAGAGGACAGGCUUGCAACGUCUGCAAAGAUGAAUAUUUCAACCUUCAACCGGACAAUCCUGAUGGCUGCACGAAAUGUCAUUGUUUCGGUAAAACAACAAGAUGUAGCAGUUCGUAUUUGUCAUGGGCUGAGAUAAACGGCAUGAUUGACUGGUAUCUAGCUAAUGUAGAAGCUAAUCGCUCUUUGAAUAUUUACCCCAUUGCUGUACCUCCUACAUUACUAAACGACUCAGUCAUUGGAGCUGAACUUGCGAGCAGUGAUGAUUCUCAAAAAGUUGUGUACUUUGGAGCACCUGAGUAUUAUCUAGGAAAACGUCUCACAUCGUAUGGUGGUUACCUCACCUACUCUAUCUUUUACACCACGCAAGGACACGGACAUGCCACUGACGCUGCUGACGUUAUCAUCGGUGGUCCUAACGGUUUCAUUGUUCACAACAGUGUUGAACAACCGCCAGCGCACGAGAACUGGAUACACAGUGUUAGAAUGUCAGAAGAUGAAUUCACAAAUUUAGAUGGUUCCGCCGUUACCAGAGAUCAGUUUAUGAACAUUUUAGUCAACAUAACAAGUAUUUAUAUUAGAGCAACUUAUUGGCAUGAAGCUGUUUCGACAAGGUUGAUGGCGGUAACUUUAGAUGUCGGAGUUGAACAAUAUGCUGAAGGCGAUAGAAGGGCUUCGUCUGUGGAAGAAUGUCAAUGUCCGAAGGCUUACCAAGGACUGUCGUGUGAACAAUGUGCAGAAGGCCAUUACAGGUUGAGUUCGGGACCUCAUGCAGGAUUAUGUGUACCAUGCCAGUGCAACGGACACUCCAGAGAAUGCGAUGUACACACUGGAAUAUGUCUGGGUUGUACUGAUAAUACAAUGGGUGACCACUGCGAGCAAUGUAUUAUCGGUUACCACGGCGAUGCGACUGUCGGCACACCCAGGGACUGCUUGAUUUGUGCUUGUCCUAUCCCAUAUGCUUCUAACAACUUCGCAGUAGGCUGUGAUUUAAGUGAAAAUGGAUCGCUUAUAUCGUGCGUUUGUAAACCUGGUUACGGUGGCGCAAGGUGCGAAUACUGUACCGCUGGUUAUUAUGGAAUUCCAGAACAAAUUGGUGACUACUGUAAGCCCUGUAACUGCUCUGGAAAUAUAAACACGAACGACCCUGGCUCCUGCGAUAGUAUUACUGGCGACUGUCUGAAGUGCGUGAACAACACAGCCGGUGCCGCUUGUAAUCUAUGCGCUCCUGGUUUCUUCGGAGACGCUAUCUUCUCUAAGAACUGUACAGCUUGCGUCUGUGAUGAAUACGGUAUGGAAAGAUGUGAUCCAACUACGGGCACAUGUAUCUGCCGGCCGGGAGUUAUCGGCGAAAAAUGUGAUCGCUGCGCACCUAACCACUACGGACUGAACAGCGGACAAGGAUGCACUCCUUGCGACUGUGGAAUCGCCUCAGAAUCCACCCAGUGUGACGAUAACACUGGACAUUGCAGAUGUGCAAAAGGAGUUACUGGAAAACACUGUGAUCAGUGUGCUGCUGGAUAUUGGAACUACACGAAGGAAGGAUGUGACCAUUGCAAUUGCAACAAAGGUUAUUCAGUUGGAUUUAUGUGCAACGCCACUGGGCAAUGUGAAUGCCUUCCCGGUGUGAUCGGUGAAAAAUGUGAUCGUUGUCCAGAAAGAUGGGUAUUAAUUCCACAAGAAGGUUGUUUAGAAUGUGAUUCCUGUACAGACGCCCUUAUAUUUACUGUAGAAGAUCUAAACGACUUAUUAAGAAGUGAAACCCUUGAUUUCAAGGACAAGGCUGAUACAUUCUUCACCACACAGCGACUUAAUUACAUUUCAAAUCAAACUGAAUUACUAAAACCAAGAAUCACAGAGUUAAGAAAUGUAGAUCUACGAGAAGUUACUUCUGCUGUUAAAGGACUUGAAACUAAUGCCAAAAAUCUCUUACGAUCGGCUGAAUUUGCUGCAACUGACAGUGAUAAACAAAUUAUAAGAGCUGCAGAUUUAAAGAAUGCCGCAGAUGAAAUCCUCACUUCAGUGCGCGAAAAUGGACGAAAAGCCAAAGAUGUCGUAUCACAUGUCGCCGAACUUGCUACCGGUCUUGAACUUAGUCAGCAACCGAAAGUCGAUAGUGCACUACAAGAAGCGAGACAGAUCAAAAACGAUAUAGCUGAAAAAGAUUUAAAACCUAAGGAGGAACAGGCAUUCAAUGCGUAUGCAAAUGCUUCGGAACAAAUAGAAAGAAUGAAUCUCUUUGUGCAACCUGUGAAUGAGCAGAUAAAGAAGUUUGAGUCUGUCAUUAACGCUACUCGAGAACUAAAAGAGAAACUGCACGAAAUGCUUGAAUACACUGAUGUUGCUCACCAUACUGCUUCAGAAGCUGAAAAACUUAACGAAAAUAACAGAAAAUCAAAAUUCGGAAAUAAAGUUCUGUCAGUUACAAAAUUAAAUGGAGCCGCUAUGAAGGACUUAAUUGAUGCCGCUAUUGAUAUCAAUAAUGCAACAUUCUUCACUUCAAUAGUAGACGGCAUUACAAAAAAUGCCGUAAAUGUUUUAAAAGAUUUAAGCUCUGCUAACAACGAGACAGAAGAUAGCUUGAAACGAAUUGCAGAUGAUUUACCUAAUUUAACUAAUCUAACAGAUGAAGCUCUAGUACAUGCAAGUAACAUAAAAAAUAGGGCUGAUAGUCUAAGAGCUUUAGCUGAACGAGAAAAUAAUAACACUCGAACUCAAGACGCCUACAGUGCAGCCUCUGCUUAUUCAUCUAUUGUCCAAGAAAUUUCAAAUGCAAAAAAAGCCAGUGAUGAAGCUGAAGCAGCAGUCGCAAAUGUAACUACAAUUAAUAACUUAUUAAAUGCAAGUGUAUCGCCAGCCCGAGAACGCUCUCUUGAACUUUCAGAACGUGCUAAUUUAGCACUUACAAACGUGGAACAAAAGCUACGACCCAACCUAACUCAAGCAGAAAAAGGACUACAAAAUGCUACUUCUACUCUUGCUUAUGCUGAUGAUGAAAAUAAUGCUAUACAAUUGUCCUUACCAAACGCUCCACAGACAUCGCUCGAUAAAGAGAAGGAAAAAGUUAAUAAAGUUUCUGAAACCGUAAAAUCAACCAAAGAGAUUAUGUCGCAACUGGGAAAAGAUUUAGCCUCUAGCAAGGAAUGGGCUCAAACUUUACCGAAACUGGCCGAUGAUGCCCAGAAAAUGACUGCAAACAUUGAAAAUUUACUUAGUAAAAUAGGUGAGAUGGGACCAAAUAUAACUUCUAUUUAUCGUACCGUUAAAAUGAAACAAGAAGACCUCGAAAACCGUCGUAAAGUAGCCGACGAAAAACUUCAAAAACUUAAGUCUCUUAUUGAGCAAGCACGCACAGUAACUAAUCGUAUACCAGUAGGAGUUACAUUCGACCGCCUAACAACUCUACAGCCUCGUCUACCUGAUACCGUAGAUGAAAUGUCCACUUCUACGCACGUGUCUGCGUAUUUCCGGACAAAUGAAAAGAAUGGUUUCAUUCUAUACUUAGGUAAUCCGAAAGACACUAUGCUCAGAAGAACUAAAUCGGAUGACUUUAUGGUCUUAGGAGUACAAAAUGGCUAUCCUUACUUAGUGAUGGACAUCGGUGACAGCGCUGAGUCAGGUCGCGAGCCGGCCCGAAUUGGUAGUGAGAAGUUUGUGGCUGAUAACAGAUGGUACCAAGUUAUUGUUGACAGAGUGGGACGCAAUGUCAAAUUAUCGAUUCGCGAAAGUCUCGACAAUGGUACUGACAAAAUACACGAUAAAGAAGCAGUUUUACCCGGACAACAUACAAUAUUCAAUCUAGAUCGAGAAAAAUCCAAACUUUAUAUCGGUGGAGUACCAUCAGAUGCAAAAUUGCAAGGUAUUAAUUUCCCAGCAUUCGAGGGUCAAAUUGAAGAAUUGAUGAUAGGCGAUACACCCGUAGGACUGUGGAACUUUGUUAAUGCUGCUAACUUGAAAGGAGCUAGACAAAGGGAUAAGUUAAUAUCGUCUCAAUCGGGGCCUCAAGAAUACCGAUUUAAUGGACGUUCUCAUAUUAUAAUGCCAGGCCGAGGAUAUCUUGGAUCGCAGAAGAACCAAGUGUUGCUAUUUUUUAGAACAUACGCUCCAGAUGGACUGAUAUACUUAGUGGGUGAUAAUAAACACUUUUUCUCUAUACAGAUGCAAGAUGGUCAUGUUUAUCUGCAGGUAUCACUCGGCAAUCCCGAUGACAUGGUGAUUAUUGGCACUAUGAAGACAUACAAUGACGGCAAAUGGCACAGACUUGAUGCCGGCAGAUAUUUCACUUCUUGUUCAUUAAGAGUUGAUAACGAAAUAUUAAAAAUGGUAUCGACAUCAGAUGUUAAGGAAAUUACUUCGUUAGACACAAUGAACUUCGGCGGAAAUAAUAAGGGCAUUAUACAUGUAACGAGUAAAGGUUUCGAUGGAUGCUUAAGACAAAUAAGUAUAGAUGGCGUUAAUAUUGAUUUAAGUGAUAACGUCGAAUCAGUAGGAAUAGCUUACGGAUGUCAGUUUGCAUCGCUCGUAUCCUUCUCUGGAGAAAAUAGUUACCUUCGCUUUGUCGAUAUAACAACGGAAAAUCUACAGUUAACUCUUAAAUUCAAAACAUCUAGUCCAGACGGUUUGCUAUUUGUUUAUGUGAGUCGAACUCAAACUAUGGCCACACCAGAUAGUAUUUCACUAUCGCUUAUCAAAGGAACUCUAGUCUUGAUGAGUCAACGUGAAAGUCUAGAUACGGGUCUGAGCACCUACAAUGACUCUCAAUGGCACGUUGUUACCGUAACCCACAGCAGUAAAGCCUUAAGACUUGUCGUCGAUGACUUCGACUACUUUAGUACUGAUUCCGCCCCAGCACCGCUACAUAUAUUAGACGGAGUGCUAUUCGUGGGCGGUGUCCAACCCGGCUACGUGGUAGGCGGUAAGGUAGGAUCUAAAACGCCGUUCAAAGGAUGCAUCGCAGAUGCUACCAUUAAUGGAAGAGUUUUGAACCUACUAGAACCAUUCAGUAACCACAGUGUCACCUUUGGACGGUGUGGUAAGACUACAACCACGGGAGGUGUUCCACCUGAUUCCAAUGCAUGGCCCGUACCCCAACGGGGCGACGUGCUACCCACGCCCAGCAUCGUUGAUUCUGAUGAAGAAGAAGUCACUAAUAAAAUUGAUUCGCCGUUCGUAUACGGUGAGGAGACAACAGUUACAAUCCCAUCGACGACUAUAGCCAGCGAAGCUCCACCAAUUCAAACAACGACGAAGGCACCAUUUGUUACUACUACAACGGCAAAACCACCAACUACCACUAAACUGCCACCUCCGCUACCUGAACCUGGCUGUGCACUUGCGUACGACCAACAAUACACAAUUGGUGAUCCUGAAGAAGGAUACAGAUUUGGCACGAAAAACGACAGUCGCAUCGAGUACGCCAAGCUGCCAGGCCGUCAAUUGGAAGGUUUUGACCUAACAAUUACACUGCGCACGUUUGACGAACACGGCGGUCUCGUGUUCUACGCGGCAGCGGAGCGUUCACCCGGACAGUUCCUCGCCGUCUAUAUGAAGGAAGCUAAGAUUUACUUCACAUUCAACUGCGGUGGCGAAACUGGUAUGGUGGUAUCGACCCAAACAUAUAACGACACAGAGUGGCACACGGCAACGCUGGUACGGAACGGUGGACACGGCAAGCUGACUGUAGAUGGCGAGCGGAUAGGGGAGACGAGCGUCACGUGCCAAGCUCCCGCCGUGCUCACUCCGCCGUACUACUAUGGAGGAUUAUGGAACAUCAGCAAUAGUAUUAGCGAACACCUUAUGGAUUUCUACCAACCAUUCAAAGGCUGUCUAAAGGGUCUAAUGAUGAACGGACAAUACGUCACUGACAUUUUGAAUAGGGUCAACUCACUGCGAUGCAUUGACAACGUUGAAAAUGGAGUUUACUUCGGCCCAUCGAACAACGUUCACAGCAACUAUUUGAAACUACUCGAAAACUUCAAAGUUGGCUACGAAAUUUCCAUUUCAAUGGAGAUCAAACCACGUAACUCUACCGGUUUAUUGUUAAGUGUUCACGGCAAAAGAGAUUUCAUGAUCUUGGAGCUUGUGGAGAACGAAGUCAUAGCAAACGUAGAGAACGGCAAAGGACCUUUCCACGCCAGCUACAAAUUGGGCAAUAAAUUUUCACUCUGUGAUGGAAACUGGCACAGAAUACAUGCGGUGAAGUCCCGUCAUGUGGUGUCGGUGGGAGUUGACGGACACUUCUCGGACGCGGGUCUUGGCCAAUCCGGUUCCACAGACACGCGGUCUGCUCUCUACAUUGGGGGCCACGAACGGUCGUUAUCACGCGUCAAAGGAGUGCGUUCCCGACGGGGAUUCACCGGCUGCAUCAGGAACAUUGUCAUAAAAGAUGUCCCCGUGCAAAUACCGCUCACAGCCGCGCGCAGGAACACGCAUAUCGGAGUGUGCCCUAAUGAUUAAAUGCCACGUAGUAUUUAUUUUGUUUUAUAUUACAUUCAAAAUACAUAAAUAAAAAUCAACAAAUCUCUUAAAUUACACCAAGUUAUAUCCAAUUUAAUAUCCUUUUCUCUUACAGUAUUAAUUAUAAGGUAAAGGGAAUGUGAACCUCAAUAAAAUAUCUUUAUUACAAAUUAACUUUAAAUUACUUAAAUAACAAACAAUGUACAAAUCCCCCAAUCAUAGAGUAAUUACUUUUGUCAAUUAGAUUUCAAUUGACUCUUAUGGAUACCAAAGAAUUUUUAUUAUUUAUUUCCAUAUAAUAAACAAUAAAAAGUACAACAAAAA